AUGACAUUCGCUCAUAUUGUCUACAGUAAAUUGAACUCGAACGAUAAUGCUGUGGUUAGUUAUCUUCCAUCCACCAGUUAUCAUCCGUUUAUCUUUGUGGUGCUGGAUUCAAAGGACUGGAAUGUAUCGACAGCUGUGCUCCUUCUCAGUGGUUCAAUGACUGCUCCAAGAAAUUUCAAAGAUAUCGAUGUUGUUGGAGUUCUUAUGUUAGUACUCUUUUUGGUGAACUUAAACCUUCGCACUUUCUGUAUCACCAUCCUCUUCAGCUGCCACUGCGAUGGUGGAGACCCUUGCGAUCAAGAGAAUGGCCGUUGCCCGAACGGGAGAUGCUCACCCGGUUGGAAAGGCGCACCAAUCUGUGAUGAGGAUGAGGAUGAGUGCGAACUAGAUGACGUUUGCCCGUCUGCUCAGCCAGACUGCUUGAACACACCUGGUUCGUAUCUUUGUAUUUGUUUCGAAUACGACGAAGCGAACAAGAGGUGCAAAGGUGAGAAGAAUUUAUUAUUGAUUGUCUAGUC